UAGCAAGCAGUGUGCUGCCCAUUCAGUUUCAACGCGCAAUCCUCUACGAGUCAAAGCAGGAGUUUUCGCAAUUAUUAAAAAGUUUCCACUUCAGUUCGGACUAUACAGAGUGUACGUGUCAUCAGUGACGGUGGAAAAUGGCCCUGCAAUACCCGUCGUCCUUUCAAAUCCACCAAAAUUUCGAGAAAUUGACUUUCCAGUACGAGGCAUCAUGCAGAGGGGAAAACUUGAGGAAGAAUUCGUUUGUGAAGAUGAGAAGUUCAGCAAAAUCGUCAAGUUGCUUCAACACAUCGAGGAAAUUUCAGAUCCGUUCCAAAAAUAUCCUGGAGUUGAUAAAGCGAUCGUUGUGAAAAUUUUGUCAGUUGAUGACACAUAUAGAGGAAGAGGCAUAGCCAAGGAACUCAUGUCUAAAACCAUAGACCUGGCCAAAGGAAGAGGAUGCGGUUUUUGCUCGGUGGACUGCUCCAGCUAUUACACUGCUCGAGCUGCCAAAAAACUAGGCUUCGAGCUGCAUUAUACUCUCAAAUAUGAGGAUUACAAAGUUGAUGGGAAGUCCGUAUUCGACCCUGUGGCGCCCCACAAAGCCAUGACCGUUUACACACAGAAGAUUUCUUAA